AUGACUUCAAACGCUGAACUUGUUUGCGUCUACUCAGCCCUUAUUUUGGCCGAUGACGAUAUUGCCAUCACUGGUGAAAAAAUCCAGACUAUCUUGAAAGCCGCCAAUGUAGAAUUCGAACCCUACUGGCCAGGUCUUUUCGCCAAAGCCCUUGAAGGUGUAAAUAUCAAGAACCUCAUCACCAAUAUUGGGUCUGGUGUAGGCGCAGCCCCAGCUGGAGCUCCUGCAGCAGCUGCACCAGCUGCCGCUGUCGCAGCUCCCGCCAAAGAGGAGAAAAAGAAGGAGUCCGAACCUGAAGAAUCUGAUGACGAUAUGGGUCUUGAAAAAAAUAAGUACAAAGUAUCACCGAAUUAUAAAACCGUUAUUAUUGCUUACCUACCGCCAAUUCAUGUUCAACCUUGA